AUGGCUAAGUUGCUUAAGCCAUGCCGACUGGACACGGAUCCCAGCUCUCCCACGGCGGCCAAGGAGUGGAAACACUGGCACCGCACGUUUCAAAACUUCAUUGAGGAGAGUGGAGAGGCCGCAACUAACAAGCUGAGGGCUCUAGUGAACUGUGUAUCCCCGAGUGUGUAUGAACUCAUCGAAGACUGUGUUUCAUAUGAAAGUGCCGUUGCAAAACUGGAGAGUGUUUACCGCCUGCUAGAAAAUAAGUCCUUGAAUCUUGAGGCGGCAUACAGUCAAGCCCGUACAUUGGACCUUGCCCAGCGGAAUGCUGAUGCAUACACGUCUUCCUUGCCUGUUCCUCAUGCUGCUGCUUUAGUUCCAGGACAGCAGGAACUGCCCAGUGAUGACCAACAACAGCAGUCAACGAAAGAAGGGGGAGAAAGAAGACCACCUGUGGACUUGACUGUCGCUGCUGCACACGUAUCUAAGAAGAAAUGCUAUUUUUGUGGUAAUGCAUUCCACAUUACAGGUAGGGCUAGUUGUCCUGCACGUUCUGUUACAUGCAACAACUGUGGUAAAGCGGGUCAUUUUGCCAAAGUCUGCAGAUCCAAGGCUAAGGCUUAUGAUAGUACUACCGCCACACUGUAUAAUUCCACUCUGCUCACACUUGCUGCCACUUUUCCAAAGAAUCUUUCACAUGCAGCUAUAGACAUCACUGUCAAUGGUCAUUCAUUGAAGGCACUAAUCGACUCAUGCAGUUCGGAUAGCUUCAUAAGUGAGAAAGUGGCACAUAAAUUAAAGCUGACAGAAGUUCCGGCAAGCAAGGAGAUUUCAAUGGCGUCAGCAUCUUUAAAUACUAGCUCCCCAGGGUAUGUUACAGUAGACUUGGGUCAUGUUGAUCAAAAUUACUCAUGUGUUCAGCUAGGAGUCUUAAAGGAUUUAUGUUGUGAUGUGAUCUUGGGUCAUGAUUUUCAAAAACAACACAAGAGUGUAACUUUUCAGUAUGGGGGAAAUAAGCCAAGUUUAAGGGUAACUAGUAACUGUGCAUUGGCAACAGCUGAUAUCGAGGAGCCUUCACUGUUUCCGAACUUGCCUCAACAAUGUAAACCAAUUGCAGUUAAAUCCAGACACUAUUGUAAAGAUGACCAGUUAUUUAUAAAUUACCAGAUAUCACGCUUGCUGUCUGAAGGCGUCAUUGAGCCAAGCAUAUCCCCAUGGAGAGCACAGGUCGUAGUUGUGAAAGAUCCACUUGACAGGCACAAAAAGAGACUUUGUAUUGAUUAUUCUCAAACCAUCAACCAAUACACAGAACUAGAUGCAUAUCCUCUCCCGAGGAUAGAGGACAUGGUACAUAAUCUUGCAAAAUACAAGGUGUUUUCUACGUUUGACUUGAAGAGUGCAUACCACCAAAUCAGCAUUAAAGAGAGUGAGAGGAAGUAUACUGCUUUUGAGGGUGCAGGAAAACUGUAUCAGUUUUGUAGGGUUCCAUUUGGUGUCACUAAUGGAGUAGCUGUAUUUCAGAGAGCUAUGGAUAAAUUAGUUGAAGAUGAGGAUCUUAAAGAUACUUUCCCAUAUCUCGAUAAUAUUACUGUAGCUGGAUCAACUCAGGAUGAGCAUGAUGAAAAUGUUAAGAAGUUCUUGGAGGUUGUUCGAAAACGGAAGCUCACCCUCAAUGAAUCUAAAUCAGUUAUGUCUGUGCCUAUAAUCAAUGUUCUCGGGUAUUGUGUUGGUGAUAAUGUCAUAAAGCCUGAUCCUGACAGAUUACGUCCCCUUCAAGAAUUACCACCUCCUACCAAUAUGAGGUCUUUGCGAAGAGUUCAAGGGUUGUUUGCAUAUUAUGCUAAAUGGAUCCCUGGCUUCUCUGAUAAAAUCCAACCUUUGAUAAACACGAAAACUUUUCCGCUGAGUGAAUCAGCACUAACUGCCUUUAACUCCUUGAAAAAGCAGCUUAUAGAUGCUUCUCUAAGAUCUGUGGAUGAGAGCCUACCUUUUGUUGUGGAGUGUGAUGCUUCGGAGGUCGCUAUCUCAGCAGUCUUAAACCAGGGUGGCCGGCCAGUAGCUUUUAUGUCAAGAACGCUUCAGGAUAGUGAGCUGCAUUAUCCUGCUGUAGAAAAGGAGGCUACAGCUAUUAUUGAAGCAGUUCGCAAGUGGAGUCAUUUCUUAGCUAGAUGA